AUGAGGGCAUAUGAGCUUGCCACAGGCGAAAUAUGGGACAUGCUUGAUGAAAUGCACAACACCUUUUUGCAAGAGAUUUUGGAGGGGAACUCGUGCAAAGACCAUGCUGAGAUCCAAGCAGCUUUCGCAGAUUUUGCCCACAGCAAAACAUUCAUGGUCGAAUACUUGCAACAAAAGCUGGUGGUUUGGAAAUCUUUGCCGUGGAAGAUGGUUUCUUUGAAUCAUUUCCAUAGCUCUGAUGCGCAGCGGGCUAGGAAGGCUGCCUCUCAGAUGAUCAAAGAUUUUGAUGCCAAGGAGGCAGAGCACGCGCACACAAAGCAGGCCAUCAUCCACCGCGGGAAGAUCUCUCCCGCAUAUGUGAGCUGCCGCUUGCGGUUUCCUGAGAUUCGGGAAAUCAUUGACAAUCCUCCUGAAUUGAAGAGUUUGCUUUCAGCCUUCAAGAUCAUCAAGGACCCAAAUUCUUUGGCCAAGCUUUUUGGCUUUUGGAACCAUCCGCUGUGGCAAAAGUCUGUCCAACAGAACUAUUCAAAGAUGUUGAAAAUGCAAUUGGCUGCAACAAUACUAUACUCAGGGGACCCUGAAAGCCAGUACGCGAAGGAUGUGCAGAACAAAAGGCGGCGGAAAGACAAAAAGAAAGCUAUGGAACAGAGGGUCAAGAAAGCUUUGAGGGCAUACGGCAACUUGGGGAAAGGGAUGAGCUGGAGUCAUGGGAACGUCGAGCGCGUGUCCAUAGCCCACCACCUGCAAGAAAGGCUUGAGAUGGGCAACUUGUAUAGCCUCUCCCAGCAGUCAUUGAAUUUCCCUACUCUUCCGCAAGCGCAAAUGCCAUUGCAGGGUUUGGAGGAAAAACGAUAUCCAGUCAGCCAGGAACCUGCAUUGCAAAUCCAAGCUGAGCCUUGGCAGUCUUUGCAGCCCUUGGGCCCUGAGAGUGAGACUUCUGCUGCCAUUGUGCUUGCAGAUGAUGCUGACAAAGACAAGGCCCCAGGGCAACUGUCUGUGGAGAAAGUUGUGUUUUUGCGCAUUGUCAAGAGUAAGCCAAGUAGCUUGCGCAAUGUUGAUUUGCCAGCAGCGGAAACCAAACGCUUGGGAUCAACAGACAUGUGUGUAAGUUUUCACAAAGCCAGAAUGGCGCCCACCAUUCAAGGACAGGAUCCUUCUUUGUGCGUUAGCGUGGAGCCUACAGUAGCCAUGGGCGUGCCCAACACAGUUGCAGUUCUCUCAGUCUGUGGAAGCAGCAACAUAGACGUUGACCUGGGACCGUUGACACAGAGCAUGCGUUGCUGGAUGAUUGACAAGCAGUUGCAAUUUGCGCUGAGGGAUUACACUGUUUCAGCCGCAGCCUCACACUUGCUGCGUGAUGCCGUGCUUGGAAGAGCUUUUCCAAAUUGCUCCCGCGAGCAGUGGUUGGUGCUGGACACUUCAAAUGAUGCUGUAAUGGCAGCAGCAAAAGAGUUGCAAGCGUUGGGUAUAUUUGAGCCACAAAGCUUAGCGGGUGGCUCCGCCUGUUUUGCUUUGACUCCUAGGGGCGUGCAGCAGCUUCAUCAUAUGCAUGCAGUGCAACACCCAGAAAAGGUUUUUCGAAGUGCUGAGACAUUGGCUGCUCUGCCCGCCCCCCAAAUGUUGGAGUGCACAAGUUGGGAAUUGAUGCAAAUUUUAAAACACCAAGGCUGGGAGAUGAAGAAAUGUCCUGCUGGUCAGAAGCGGCGUGGUUUGCCGCCCAUCACUAGAAGCACUGUGGAGAGAAAGUUUUAUCUUUCCUCACUGCACGCGCAUUCAAAACAUCACAUGGCCUACAUGAAGGCCUUGUGUCAGGCAGAGACUUUGUUUGAACAUGGCGUUGUGCAUGCAAUCCAUCAUGGGCAAAACCCAACAUACUACCAGGCGAUUCUGGACGAGGCGCAUGAUGGUGUGAUUGCCCCCGUGCCUUUAGCGAUCGAAGCGGGUGGCUCCGCCGAGAUUGCAGCAGCUAUUCCAAUGCAAUUGGAAUUGGAUGAGCACAUAGUACUAGCGGUAAACCCCGCCAGGCCUGCGCUAAGAGAAUCAGACAUUGUAACAAACCAAGAUCCUCUUGACAAUUUUUGCGCCUCAAAGGGCCAGGAAAGCGCCUUGGAAAAAGAAUCUGUGUGCUCAGACCCAGGCAACUCCGCAGAUUCAGCAGAAUCAUGGACUCCAGAAUUUGUGCCAUCAUCUGAUGAGGGUGCGAAUCAGAGCCCUGUUGGCGACCCACCUCAAAGCCCAACCGCAAGCCAUGACAUCACACCCCCAGACCCAGACCUGCCACGCCCUCCCGACAUUCUUGGCCCAGCAGAGACUGGAACGCCGCGUGGUUCUGACAACCAAGUAGCGGAGACACAGCCACCGCAAGAGCCUCUCACAAUGGAUGAUGGUACUUUGCGCAGAGACGCAUGGGUGACCCGUGAGAAACACCCAGACAGCUUUCAUUGGGGCGUGUUUCGCUUUACUUUCACACCUGCGUCCAAGCGCCCACCGUAUGGACAAUUCCAAGCUAAGCCCUGUGCCUUGAUGGCCGAUUGGGCCGAUUGGAGCUCAUGGAAUAGCGGCGCAGACCGCUGGAGUGAGUGGGGUUGGGGUUGGAGCGGUGACAGCCACAGAGACCGCAGUGACUGGCAUCCCAGAUCAUCAAAUGAUCCUUGGGAAACCUGGUCCGACUGGGGCAAUGACCAGUCUUGGUCUGGGUGGCAAAGCAAUUCGAGCGAUGGCGGAGGCAACCCUCGCUGGUCCUGGCACAAUGACUGGCGCCAUGACAACGCUGACAACGCCUGGCGCUGGCAGCGUGACAACUGGGACCAGGACCAGCGCCAAAGCUGGGGCACCCGCAAUGGUUAUACUGACAGCUGGCAGCAGUGGGAGGGCAAUCAGGACACCAACAAUGCCAAUGGUGGCAAAGAUGUCAAAGGCAAAGGUGGCAAAUAUGAGUCAUCAUCCUAUGAGGAUGUGGCAUUGUCGCCAGAGUCGCCACUGCCUGGGCCGCCCCGCUCACCGGCAUCGCCAGACUACUCGCGCAGCAGUGGUGAUCGAGACAAAGGAGACUCCUGGAAGUGUAAGGAAAAUUUUCAAGGGUGGAAGCACACCAAUCUUGGAGCACGAUGGGACCGGAGAAGCGCGCGGGCAAAGGCGAAGAGGAUUGACAGGGGCAAGGCAACUCAAGCGGCUGAAGCAGCUGCACCUGAACAGAACAAGCCUCCUGUCAAAGAGGAGCUUGCCAUGACAGCAGAUGGCGACAUAAAGAAAGAGGCUCCUGCUCCUCCUCCAGGGUUGGCCCAGGAGAUAGCAAAGCCUGCAGAGGGACUGUCUCAUCCAGCGGAUGUCCCGCCGCCGCCAAAAGAAGAGGUUGAGGCCCCAGCCCGCUCUGGAGUAGAUGGCUCCACUGUGGCUGCACCUGCUGCGCAUUCAGCGGGCACAGAGGCCCUGCCUGACAAGCAGGCAACUGAAGCUCAGGCUCAAACUGUGGAGCGUGAAGCGGAGGAGCCCGCAGUCAAAGCUGAGCCAGAAGAAUCAAAUGAGCCUGCUGCGGUUGAAACGCCCAGGCCGACAGUCACAGCCAAGAUGGAAGAUCUUGCAGAGCCUGGGCCUGCGCUUUCUGUAGCGGAAAACCCCGCAAUGGAGGAAACAGGGAAACAUCCGCCUGGCGCAGCAGAAGAGCCAUCAAGAGAGACCCUGCCAUCUGAAGCGGAUAGGCCCGCAACAGGUGAGGCCAGUGAGGCCAGUGCUCAGGCUGAGGCUUCUUCAGGCCCAACUGUGGCUCCUGGAGAGGUUUUGGAUUUUGAAGAGCGGGCAGCCCCGCCAGAAAAAAACAGGAAGAGGAAGCGUCGCCACAAUGACCCUGAGAAGAAAACAUCCCACAGGGAGAAAGGCCCCAGCGAGAAGUCUCGCCGCAGGCGACGUCGGAAGCGGCAGGAAGACCUGGCACCGCCGCCGCCUGAAGCUACACCAGAGGAGAGCGGGCAGC